GCAGAGGAUGAGUGUGCUUGUGUCGCUUUGCGGGACGAACUGUGAAAUUUUGCGUGUAAGCGCCGACACUUCGCUGUGAACACCAUCCGUGGAUUCACUUACAAAAAUAGCCUGUGUGUGCGCGUGUGUGUGCGCGUGUAAAACGCCGCAGUGACCGCAGUCAAUUCUCAGCUGUAUAGUUUUAGACGAGCUGGAUGUGGGACGAUUUGAAGUGAUGCGCUUCUGCAACACCGGCCCUCUUCUUCUUCUUCUUCUUCUUCUUCAUCUGAACAUGUAGUUCCUCUGUGUGUUGAUCUCUGUGGAUGUUCUGUUGAGAUUCAGCGCGACAAAGAUGGAGAGCGGAGUGUUUCUGUCCAGUCUGGGUCAGUUCAUGCUGAGCCCUCUGGUCACUUGGGUGAGGACCUUUGUGCCAAAUGAUGAGGGCAUGCAUUUGGACUUUGCUGAAUUACUGGAUGGAGUCUUUCUGAAUGACAUCAUGACACAAAUAAAUCCCUCAGCUUCUCCUCAGGCUGCAAACAACAUGAGCAGGGAUCCGAGUCAGAGGAUCCACAACCUGAUCUUUCUCGUCCAGCAAAUCAAGACUUAUUAUCAGGAUGAUCUGAGACAGUUAAUCAUGACUCCUUUGCCAAACGUGUUGCUGCUUAACAGAACUCCUUACUGUGCACAAAGUCUGGAGGAAAUGAAGAAGCUGUUGCUGUUACUUUUGGGAUGUGCAGUCCAGUGCGAGAAGAAAGAGGAGUACAUCGAGACGAUCCAGACGCUCGACUUUGACACCAAAGCUGCGAUCGCUGCACAUAUUCAGGAGUUGACCCACAGUCAGGAGAACAUACUGGAUCUGCAGUGGUUGGAGUCCAGUGAGAUGAACCCAGAUGAGGUGGAGAUUGAAGCCAGAAACAUGGCCACACACCUCCAACACCUGUUGGACCAGAGGGACACCCACUUGGAGACUAUAGCUGAGCUAAUGCAGGAAAAGGAGGGCAUGGUCAGUUUGCUCAGUAGCCCCAUCAGCCCACAGUCAGGCAGCUUCUCUCCCAGCAUUCAGCAGCAGCAGCAGGCCGGGUCUCAGCAACAUCUGGCUGUGGAGCUUGCUGGCUCCAAGGCCAAGAUCAGGCGACUCAGACAAGAACUAGAGGAGAAGAGUGAACAGAUGCUGGACUGCAGACAUGAGCUAGAGAACAUGGAGACGGAGCUGAAGAGGAUCCAGCAGGAGAACUGCCAACUGCUUGGGGACGCACGCGCAGCACGAAGCUACCGCGAUGAGCUGGACACCCUGAGAGAGCGAGCCAUCAAAGCAGACAAACUGGAGAGCGAAGUGGGCCGUUACAGAGAGCAACUGCACAAGCUGGAGUUCUACAAGGCCAAAGUGGAGGAGCUAAAGGAGGAUAACAGGGUGCUGCAAGAGACCAAAGAAGUGCUGGAGGAUCAGUUGGCCGGCUGGAGGGCACGUUCAGAUAAACUCCACCAGCUGGAGAAACACAGUCUGAUGCUUAAAGCCCAGGUCCAUGACAUGGAACAGGAGAGAGAGGCAGAUCGGAGGCGCAUGGAGGAGCUGCAGGAGGAAAACCUGACUUUGUGUUUGGAUCAGAGGAGAAGCAUGGAGGAGUCACAGCAACUGGGGUGGGAGUUAGAGCAGCUCUCCAAGACCACCGAGAACUCCCAGGGGCAACAGACCCUGAGUAUGGAAGUGAGCGAGAGAACCCGCAGUCAGGUGUUGAGGCUGGAGAAGGAGAACCAAGGUCUCCUGAGGACCAUUGAGGAACUCAGAGCAGCUUCUAGCAGCAAGAGCCUGCAGCCCAAACACAGUCACCACUGUGAGUGUGACCGUGUCAGCUGGACCUCAUCAGUCAAUGAGCCCUCAGGGCUACACACCAGCUCAAAUACAGAAAAUGGCACUGAUAUAUUCCCACACAGAACCACACAGCAGCAGAGUCUGAAUGGGACCUCAAACUCCCAUCAGCCACCAGACACGGUGGGAGUCCAAAGUGAGAUUGUCGUCACAGAUAAUCCUCACCUUCAUAUUGAAGAGAGGGGACCACAAGAGGACAGAGGCAAAGAAGGCCAUUUCAAAGAACUGAUGUCUGACCUGGAAGUCUUAGAAAACAUCCACAACAGGCUCCAUUGUUUUGUGGGAUCAUGUGAUCAUUCCCCUGGCUCGAAGAGUAGCAGUCCCUGCCACGACAGCAUCUUCACAGGACAGCCAGCGACUUUGAGGUCCUCCUAUGCCAGCAAGCACAUCCAGAGGUUGGAAGCUAAAUGCAAGACUUUGGAAACAGUUAAUCAGCAGCUUCAGACUUCUAUGGACAAUACUGAGCGUAAAAUCCAAAGUCUGGAGGCAGAGGUGCAGGAGCUAGAGGCAGAGAACCAGAGUCUUCAGGCCUCUUUUGAGGAACUUCGAAUUUCUGCAAGACGCCUCGAGCAAGUGGAAACAGAGAAGCAGAGGCUGGAGCAGGAGACGAUGGGUCUGGAGAAAGACAAGAGGCAGCUGGAGAAGGAGAACCGACGACUUCGCCAGCAGGCUGAAAUCCAGGAAGCCAACUUAGACAGCAGUAAUGUCUGCAUGGCCAGCCUGGAGCGGGAGAUGCGUUUGCUUGUGAAGGAGGUGGAGGGGUUAAGGGAGACUGCUGAUAGGGUCAAAGGCCUGGAAAGAGACAACAGGGAACUGACCAAGCAAACUGCUAUCGACCAGAGGACCCUGGCCACGCUCAGGGAGGAGCUGGUGAGUGAGAAGCUCAAGGCCCAGCAGAGAGACAAUGAACUGGAGAGGCUGAGCCAUGAGCUGGAGGUGAAGGUCCUGAACCAGGAGAGCACAGAGCAGACUGAACGCGAGUCCCCAGACAACAGCAGGUUCAAGAUGCUGGAGUCAGAGUUUUUGUCAUCUUUGAAAGACUCACUUCACAUCAAAGAGGACAAGAUCGCUGCUCUGGAGGCUCGUCUGCAGGAAUCCUCCACCCUGAACCAACAGCUACGUCACGAGCUCAGAGCUGUGAAGCUGAGCUAUGAGGCUUUGCAGCAGAGGCAGGAGGAGGAGUGGACAGCUUCAAGCCCCAACCCUCCUUCACAGGCCAGCAAAGCAGUAAGUGAAUGGCUGCGUGAAAGCCAGGAGGCCACUAAGGAACUGCUGAAGCUCAAAGACCGUCUCAUUGAAGUGGAGAGGAACAAUGCAACACUGGAGGCCGAGCGCCAGGCUACGCUGGCCCAGCAGAAGCAGCUGGAGAGUCAGUCCGACAGUCAGCAGGCUCAGAUCCUCGCCCUUCAGAGACAGGCGGCCUCACUGCAGGAGAACAACACCACCCUGCAGACACACAAUGCCAACCUGCAGGUGGAGAAAUCUACGCUGAACUCACAGAGUGCGUCCCUCAUGGCCCAGAAUGCUCAGUUGCAGCAGCAGCAAUCAGGGACAGAAACUGAGCGGGACAUUGCCAUACGGGAUCGUGAAGAGCUGCGUGGUGUCUACGAGCAGCUGUUACGGGAUCAUGAGCGUCUCGCAGCUCUGCACGAGCACCAAGCCAUGGAGUGUGAGGCCCUAAUGGGCAAACAUGGCUGUCUGAAAAACGCUCACCGCACUCUAGAGCUGGAGCAUCGCACACUGCAGGACAGAUACAAUAAUCUGCUGCAGCAGCGAGCCAAGCUAGAAGACCUGGAGAAAGCCCUGAGGGAGGAGCAGAUGAGGAUGAGUCUGGAGAAAGAGCAGCACAAGAGCACUGCAGCUGAAUGCUGCCGACUGCGCGAUGAGAAGGACUGGCUGAACCAGACGUACCGUCAGCUACUCAACGACAACGAGAUGCUGACAGCCGAUCACAAGGAGCUCAAGAGCCAGCUGAACGAGGCCAAGCUGGAGCACACCUGGCUGGAGGCCGACUACUCCAAGCUCAAGAAGGAGUUUCAGCAGGUGGACAUCGCCUCCACAAAACUCAGCAACCAGUGUGAGCUGCUGAGCCAGUUAAAGGGCAACCUGGAGGAAGAGAAUCGACACCUGCUCGGCCAGAUCGAGACGCUGAUGCUGCAGAACCGAACACUGUUGGAGCAGAAUAUGGAGAGCAAGGAUCUGUUUCAUGUUGAAGAGCGACAGUAUAUUGACAAGCUUAAUGAUUUGAGGAGGCAGAAGGAGAAGCUGGAGGAGAAGAUAAUGGACCAGUACAAGUUUUAUGAACCCUCGCCUCCUCGCAAACGUGGAAACUGGAUCACUCUGAAACUGAAGAAGCUGAUCAAAUCCAACAGCAGAGAGCAAGUAACGGGACGCCCCCCCACACCGACACACUCAGGUGUCACGGAGCCACACGUGUCCUGUCACGACAACGGCUCCCUGCUCAGCUCAGACGGCUCAGGCGAUGCCGCUUCACCCAGGCGUAACAGUAACACAACGCUGAAAAUGUUUCCCCGUAUGAGGAGCAGGCUGAAGGACAGAGACAAAGUCAAGUCCAUCUUCCGUCGAUCCAUGUCCAUGAGCAGCUUGGCCUCUCCCGCAGCCUUGUGGGCAGACAGCUCACAGCAGCUGCAGGGGUCAGAGGCUGACAUGGAGGGGGAAAGGAAGGGCACACUGACGUCAUCCCUUACCACCUCCAUCUUGUCCAUUCUCCACCUUCAUCAAUCCACCACUCCACCAUUGGGCCACCUCCGGGCUGCUGACAGCACACUGGACACUGUUCCAGAUGUUUCUGAGCUGUGGGUGACAGAUAAGGAUUCAAAUGAUAGUGCGGUGCCACUUGGGUUUGAGGACAAUGAUGAGCUACAGAAUCACGCUCCGAGUGCCGCCCAGAGUCGAGCCCACAGUGAGAGCAGCGGUGAGUUCAGCAUGAGUAUGGAGAACGAGCCCUGGUCAAAUGGCAGCAGCCCUGUUCAGCAGCCCCCGUCACACCAUUCAUUCUUCUCCUGCCAGUCACCCAUCGGUGCCUCUACCCCUCAACACAAGAACAAAGCUUCCACCAUUGCCAUCAGUUCAGAUCACCAGCCUGUACCAAAACAGAGUCUGGGGCUCUCUCAGGACUUCUGGCUCACAAGGGGUACAAGGAGCAUCCGAAAGGGGUCAAGAGGAAAAAUGACACGGCGCUCAUCAGAUUCAGGGGGAGCAAUCGGUGGACUUAAUUCCAAAUCAGGCUCAAGCAAAGCUGAAACCACCCAUGUCUCAGUUUGCUCACCACUCACUGUGCUAUAUGUUCAGGGGAAGUCAUCCUCAAUGUCUGGCUGCCUCAACUGCUUCUCUACCCCACUUGGGAAAGAGAGGAGACUCAAAGGGCCCAGGUCACCUAAAAGCCUCCCCCGUGCCAGUAAUGUCAUAUCGACAGCAGAGGGCUCAUCGCGGCACUCCAGUGUCCACAGUGACUGCAGGGUGAAAGCUCAGACAGACUCUCUCCAAGCCCAAGUUUCAGAAGGGAGCAAUAGUCAAACGGAAACAGCAAGUCCGAAUCAACAACCACAACCAGACACUAAAAACAAUGAACCUGAGCCAGUUCCUCCUCUUAAACCUCCCAGAGACCCAGCAGUUGUCGUCCCCGUCGACUGCUCCAAACCCCCCGUGCAGGAGUCACUUGUUGGCUCCUCGUUCACUUUCAACUCCAUCUUCUCAAACACGAUCUUCAGUGAUUCUGCGAUCACGACCACGACCAACCUGGAUGCGCAUGGCAAUCACCAGACGUUCCUAUGUCAGAAUCCACCUCCGGUGCAAAAUGGUCCAACUGAGAGUCAGGAGGCGUCUCGUGACACACCACAGACGCCGCUCGAUGUAGAUAAUGAGCAGAGUCAAAAUGCAAAAUGUGAUGCUGGGCUGGAUGAGAAGGACAGGUCACUCACACCUGCAUGAGGGCAGCCUCCACAUCACUGAAUACCGUCUUUGUUUAUUUGCCUAAUCUUCCCUGGUCUUCCACGGUGUUCUGCAGGAAACUUUUAGUGUCUUGAAAAGGUUCUGUGUACUUAAAAGUUCCUGGUAUUUUGUGGUGAAAUCAUUGCUGGAAAGGAGCCUUCAAAUACAGCAGGAGGUUGCAAUGCCCCAAUUUACCACAUCAGUGGAAGCACACCCUUCAAGUGUCUGCAUUCCAGUAUCUGAGUGCCCACUUAUUCCAACCCAGUCUUAUCCUUUUCUUGAAUAUUAAAAUGUUUUUUUUUCAGAUUUUUGUCACAUUGCUGUGACAAUGGUAACUGCUGGUUUCUUACUUCUUGACACUAUGACAAUAUGAACAAUUAAACAACUGUAGAUCAUUUUAAGACGCCUUAAGGGGUUCCCUCACAAUAAUGGUGUGUCUGCAUAACUUAAGGUUCCACAUAUUUUUUCUGGUAGCCUGUCAGGUAAAAUGUUGUACAAAGAUUUUGUGUAAUUAUAAAAUAAAUUACAAACUUUGUAGGGGUAUAUAAUAUCUAUUCACCGGAUUUUGCACAGGUGCUGCAUGAUAGACUGAAAUAAGGGAUAUUAAGUUUUUGUUUACCUUUACUUUACCACUCUGACAUUCCUGUGUUGUGCUGUUUUUAUUUAUUCCCAUCUGUCUGUCAGACAGACCAUGAAUGUUAACUUAUUAUAAGUUGCUGUUUUUGUGUCCCUUAGAUUUGAAUUCAACCUCCAGGAGAAAUGGGUAAAACUUGCAAUAAAUAAAUAAAUACAUAUCGAAUAGGAUAUGUCGAUCAAUGUUUGUUUUAGUUUGUAAUUUGUUUUUUAUGUUUAAAUUAUUUUAAACAUUUAUCCCAUUGCUUCAUUCUAAACCUUGUUUUA